AUGCUUUGGGAGAAGUCUCCCACAGCCCAGUCCACGCUCUACGUGUCCUUUGCCGGCGGAAAGCCAUUGGCCUUGGCGAGAGCUUCACAAGCUAGCCCGUACUGCCAGGUGCGGUUCCAGGCGGACUCCGUAGACGGCGAGGUCUCCUUCACCUGCGAUGGCGGGGACUUGCUGGUGAUCGGCGUCGUGGUCCCCGACAAUGGAGACAUCUUCGAGCCACCGGCAAAGAGAUCUAGGGUGCAGACUCCGGAUGGAGGUAGCCAAGCUGCAGCACCUGCACCGUCUCCAAAAAAAGAGGCGGCGAAAGCACCGGCCCCUGGCGCAGAGAAGAAGCCUGCGGAGAAGGAGGCCAAGCCAGCAGCCGCUAAGGCGGCUCCAGAUCCAGCGCCCAAAACUGCGCCAGAGCCGAAGGCCAAGGCGAACACAGAUAAGGCCAAAGAGAUCUUGCCUUAUGCUGCCAAACAGCCGAAUUCCAAAGCAUCGAAGGAGAAGCCGGGUACACCGGUGACACACCGAGUGCUAGCAUCAGGUCUCAGGUAUGAGGUCCUGAAGUCUGGUUCUGGUCCUCAGGCAAUGUCCGGGAAGGAAGUGAAAGUGCGAUACGAGGGACGUCUCGGAAGCACAGGUGGCAGGUUCGACAAAGGCGUCAUCAAGUUCCGCCUCGGUAUGGGAGAAGUGAUACAGGGCUGGGACCAGGGGGUGAAGGGCAUGCUCCGAGGGGAGAAGCGGAGGCUCUUGGUACCAUCCAAACUUGGCUACGGUCGGAGUGGGGCCCCGCCGGCGAUCCCGCCGAAUGCUGAUCUGGUGUUUGAGGUUGAGCUGCUGUGA